CACAAGUCUUUCUCUCGUCUUUAUUUAUAAGUCUUCAUCUAUAUGUGUAGAAAUAGAAUACAACUACUUGUUACACGAACACAAUGUCAUCGUCCAGCGAUCCCCGCGCGCUUCGGCCUCUGAUGCCUCGCCCAUUCCCUACUCACUUCUGCUUCCCUAAACUCCACUCAUGGACAGCAGCAGCAGCAGGUCAUGAGAUGAAUAGAGGGGCAGCGCUGGUGAGCUCCAGAUGGAAUCCCACGCCGGAGCAAGUGCAGGCGCUUGAAGACAUGUAUCGCCGCGGUACGCGAACCCCCUCCGCUGAGCAAAUCCAGCAGAUUGCGGCCAAGCUUCGACGGUUUGGAAAGAUCGAAGGAAAGAAUGUGUUUUAUUGGUUUCAAAACCACAAAGCCAGAGACAGACAGAAGAAGCGACGCCAGCUCGAGCUCUUAGCUGCCAACCACAAUCACAUCCCACAAUCAGAAUUAAGCAGGAAAUACUUGGUAAGGGAGCAUCCUAAGAAAGUGGCUACUAUGUCAAAUUGCAGCAGCAGAGCUUCAAAGUACUAUGGAGGAGAGGCACAAUUGGAAUUGCAGCAACGGUGUGUAACAGAAAAUAGUAGAGAAACAAGCUGUAGAGCUAAGUUGGAUUUGUCUUCUUCUCCCAACAAUAAAGUUAUUCAAGAAAAUGGCCUCAAGAAGAACGAUGAUUUCGAAUACAGGAUCGAUGAAAAUCCAACGCUUGAGCUCUUUCCGUUGAGUCGCAAUGGUUUGGGGACAACGAAGGAAGAGGUGGACGAUGUUUAUGUUUCAACUAAAUUAGUUCCUAAUCAGUUUUUCGAGUUUCUUCCGACAAAAAACUGAUGGUACUGAGGACAACAAACAUGUUUCAUGUGUAACUUUGGUUUUUGCAGUAAUGUUGAAGGUCAAAACUAAUUUAA